AUGGCCACCUCCACCAUGUCUGUCUGCUCUGACGCUUGCACCAACUCCUCCUGGCAGGUGGACGACUGCCCAGAGAGCUGCUGUGAGCCUGGCUGUUGUGUCCCCAGCUGCUGCCAGUCCAGCUGCUGCCAGCCUAGCUGCUGUGCCCCAGCAUCUUGUAUUACCCUUGUCUGCACCCCAGUGAGCUGUGGGUCCGGCCCCUGCUGCCAAUCUCCUGUCUGCUGCACACCCAUCUGUUCUGGCUCCUCAUGCUGCCAGCAGUCUAGCUGCCAGCCAGCUUGCGGCACCUGUUCUCCUUGCCAGCCAUCCUGCUGCAUGACCCUGUGCUGCAAGCCUGUCUGCUGCACACCCAUCUGCUCUGGAUCUUCCUCCUGCUGCCAGCAGUCUAGCUGCCAGCCCUCAUGCUGCCAGUCAUCCUGCUGUGUGCCUGUCUGCUGCAAGCCUGUCUGCUGCACACCCAUCUGUUCUGGAUCCUCCUCCUGCUGCCAGCAGUCUAGCUGCCAGCCCUCAUGCUGCCAGUCAUCCUGCUGUGUGCCUGUCUGCUGCAAGCCUGUCUGCUGCAAGCCCUGCUCCAGUGUGUCCCUGCUCUGCCACCCUGUGUGCAGACCUGCCUGCUGUGUGCCCAGCUCUUCCUGCUGUGCCUCCUCCUGCCAGUCCAGCUGCUGCAAGCCCUGCUCCAGCAUGUCCUUGAUCUGCAGCCCUGCCUGCUCCAGCCAGGCCUGUUGUGGCCUCUCCUCAGGCCAGAAGUCCAGCUGCUGCUAA